AUGUCUUCUCCAUGGGAAUCCGGUCCACCUCCCCCUGACACACCAAAUCAGUCCGUGUACCCAAGGGCUCCAGGAAUGCAAAGGUCGCUUCGCGUGGGGCGGGGACCUUCGACGGAGGCAAUCAAGGCGCUCUCCAUAUACGCGCCAAACCUAGAAUACAUCGAGUUUGACCAGGUUCAGCCGUCGCAUCCUGACCACAUGGCCGAGCUGAAGGUCUUCCUCCCUCGCAUGAAUACGUUGUCGAUCGUUUAUUCCAACGUCGACGGCGCAUUGCAAACCUUGGCCAACACGACCGCGCCUGCUAUGAAGGACCUUCGACUCUGCGCCAUCCGGUCUCCUGACCCCGACAACGGGAUCGAAGUGGAUUCAACACCUCUCCUUAUGCACCUAGUGAAUGCGAGUGUCAGCAACGAUGCGCACGCUUCUGGUCGUUACAUAUCGCUCUCCUCUGUUCGAUACCUCAGCCUGUCUGGCAUCCACGCACGGUUGGAUGUGGUACAAACUUUCCUGUCCCACUCUCCCAACGUCCAGCGCUUGGUCAUGACAGAUUGCUCGGCGACGUUCCACAUGGGCUUCGUGACCACACUCUUCCCGGACGACGCCCUCGAGCGGUACUGGUCUGGUCGCGGUUGCAGCACCAUGAUGCCCGCGCUGGAGGCGGUGGCCUGUGACAACGGUCCGUACCGCACGAACCUGGGCUUGGCUCGCCCGCUCUAUGCGUGCCUCAAGGAGCUCUUUGAUCCACAAAUGCACCCGCCUGGUCCGGGACGGAACGACCAGCUCCGAAAUUUCACGAAUCAAGCCGACCGCUACUUGAACGACACUCGAAUUUGGCAGCGGCGCCCUGCACAAAUUUUGACCGCAAGCGAGCGCACGUUCCCGGCCGACCCUGUUGAGAUUGUCAUUAGGUACCGCUGGUAUUGA